AUGAACAACGCUUCUCCUCUUCGUCCCCAGGCCGGCGUCCAACAGAGCUUCGGCAGCAGCCAGCAGGGAGCUGACUUCCACCCGGGCUUCCCUCCCUCUCCUGGUCGCAAGCGCGAGACACUCGUCCUCGAGGAUGGCUUGCCCUCAAUCUUGCACCCUAAGCGCUCGCACCCGACGUUGGCUACAAGCUACCGAGAGUCUCUACACAAGCGCCUCGAGAUCAAGAACAAGAUUGUUCUCUUCAUCUGCGAGUUUGUAGGCACCGUACUCUUCCUCUUCUUCUCCUUCGGCAUCGCCACGCAAGCCAGCAACAAGAUCGACUUCGACACGGCGGCAGACCCCAAUGGUCCUCCUGACACGAGCGCCUUGCUCUUCUCGAGCUUGGGCUUUGGCUUCUCCCUCGCCGUCAAUGCUUGGGUCUGGUUCCGUGUCACGGGCUCCCUCUUCAAUCCUGCCUUGACCCUGGGCCUCACGCUGCUGGGCAACCUUAGCUGGAUGGACUGCCUUACCCUGACGCUCAGCCAGUUUGCAGGAGGCAUCGCCGCUGCUGGCCUCACUCAAGGCCUCUUCCCUGGACCCAUCAACGCCCGCGUUUCACUUCACGGCGGCACAACGGUCAACCAGGGCUUCUGGAUCGAGUUCUUCUGCACCUGCAUGCUCCUCUUUACCGUCUACAUGCUGGCAGGAGAAAAGCACAAAGGAACUUUCCUCGCCCCCAUCGGCAUUGGCUUGGCUCUCUUCCUCGCUGAGCUCCUCGCUACCAAGUACACCGGUGGCAGCCUCAACCCCGCUCGCUCCCUUGGACCGGACGUCGCCUCGGGCACCUUUGACAACUUUGCCUGGAUCUACUACAUCGCUCCCUACACGGCCACGCUCUUCACCACGGCUUUUUACAAGACGCUUGUCUGGCUCAAGUAUGGCACCAUUGUGCCCGAUAUGGACGCCGGGGAUGGUCACGGACAGAAGCAAGUCAUCCGUGACGUCUACGGCAACGCCAUCGGCAGCAUCGAGACGAUGCCUGAGGACGAGUUCAAGUUCGCAGACGUCCCUGAGGUCACCAUCGACCAGCGACCCACAGCUGAAGGCGACGAGACGCUUUCUACUCCCUCCCACUGGAAGGACCAACAGACGAGCAGCACCGGCGUCACGGCUGACCAGCCCUACCAGCAGGGUCAGGGCAACAACAAUCGCAGAGCACCUCAGUCCUCCUACACAAAGAACAAGCCCUCGAGGACCUCGAGCAGCGGUGGGACGGAUGACACAUUCGUCGGAGGCGCCACUCGUGCGCGUGCCAUCUAA